AAAAUAUCAAACCCAACACAAAAAUACAAUGAAGUUCUCUGUAGUGUUUAUUUGUAUACUGCAGUUGAUACUAGUCACAUCACAAGAUACUUCUAUCACAGGGAAUGAAAACAACGAUGUCGUACAAUUUGGUCGAGGUGUCAUUGUAAUUGCUCCUGAUGUUACAACUAUGGUUGAGAUCACUGCAGAGACUACAACUAUGGUUAAGACCACUCCAGAGACUACAACUAUUGGCGAAACCACUCCAGAGACUACAAUUAUGAGUGGAACCACUUCUGAAGGUGCAACUGAAACUACAGUAAUAGCUUCGACGAUGGAUACUUCUACUUCAACGCAGAAACCAGAUGACUCGAAAGAUAACAGUGGUUUAGGAGCAGGAGUAAUUGUGGGAAUUGUAUUCGGCAGUCUUGCAGGACUUGCUGUUAUCGGUGCAAUAAUCUACUUUGUUCGACGGUGGAUAUUGUCCAGAUAAUAUGUGGUGUUUCCGAUUUUGUCCCAUAAUAAUAAUAAUGGUUGAUGACUUAUGUAUUUUAUUUUGUGAUAUUUUGAUU